AUGCGCCGCCCCGCCCGCGGGAGACACAAGAUGGCGGCGGCGACGCGCUGGGCCCGCGGGCUGCGGCUGCCAAGGGCAGGCCAUGGAAUUUCUGUCCUGACUGCAGCACCAUCAGUGUUGCAGCAGCACCGGCAAGUCCAUCACGCCGUGAUCCCUCAUGGAAGAAGUGGAAGAUCCUCUGUCAGUGGCAUUGUGGCCACUGUCUUUGGAGCCACAGGUUUCCUGGGACGAUAUGUUGUCAACCGCUUAGGUCGCAUUGGCUCUCAGGUCAUCAUCCCCUACCGCUGUGAUCAGUAUGACCUGAUGUAUCUGCGGCCCAUGGGUGACCUGGGACAGCUUCUCUUCAUGGAGUGGGACUGUAGGGACAAAGACUCCAUCCGAAGAGCCGUGGAACACAGCAAUGUGGUCAUUAAUCUUAUUGGAAAGGAAUGGGAAACAAAAAACUUCAAAUUUGAAGAUGAAUUUGUAACUAUUCCUCAAAGUAUUGCACAGAUAAGUAGGGAAGCCGGUGUGGAAAAAUUCAUUCAUAUCUCUCACCUGAAUGCUCACAUGAGGAGUCCUUCCAAAUACCUCAGGAACAAAGCUGUUGGAGAGGAGGUAGUGAGGGAAGAAUUUCCAGAUGCAGUAAUUUUGAAGCCCUCUGAGAUGUUUGGGAGAGAGGACAGAUUUCUCAAUCAUUAUGCAAACAUGCGCUGGUUUGGUGGUGUGCCUCUUAUUGCUCUGGGCAAAAAAACAGUCAAGCAACCAGUCUAUGUGGUUGAUGUAGCAAAGGCAAUUAUUAAUGCAAUUAAGAAUCCUGAUGCAAAAGGCAAAACAUAUGCCUUGGCUGGCCCUCACCGGUACCUCCUGUAUGACAUGGUUGAGUACAUCUACGCCGUUUCCUACCACCCCUUCAUUCCUUACCCGCUGCCACGACCUCUCUACCGGUUCAUUGCAAGAUUCUUUGAGAUGAAUCCGUUUGAACCAUGGUUGACACGGGACAAGGUGGAUCGGUUUCACACUACAGACAUGACAUUUCCUGACCUUCCUGGUUUUGAAGAGCUGGGGAUUGAACCAACCCCCCUGGAACAAAAAGCCAUCGAAGUUCUGCGCCGUCACCGCAGGUUCCGCUGGUUGGAUGCUGAGCUGGAAGAAGCAAAGCCAAAGACACAUCCUGUGUAACAGCUGGCAAGGGGGGGAUACUUGAAGCUUCUUAAACUGCCUUUGGAUGACCCAACUUCUUUGGAGAACUGUGUACAUACUGAGUAAAAUGUAUUAAUCAUGUAA